AGCGCUCCAAACUUUCUCCUGAGUUUGAGCGACACCUCGGUGGCGCGCGGGGCCAGCGCGAGUGCGCAACACUUUGAAGGCGAAUUCCAGAAAGGAAGUACAAACCGAACCGAGCCGAACCGUAGGUGAUGUUCGAGGAAGAGGCGAUGCAAGACGAGUCAAGUUCCCCGGAAUCCCCGGUGGACAGUCUCGGUAACAGUGAAGAGGAGCUCGACAGGCAGCAAAAGCGCGGCGCAAGAAAAAGGAGAGCGAGUCGAAGAAGCGGAGAGGACUCGGACAGCCCGACGCCAGGCUCCGGAAAAAGAGGCAAAAAGUGCGCCGGAAGCCCUCAGUCUUUCGAGGACCUGCAGACGCAGCGCGUCAUGGCGAAUGUGCGGGAGCGGCAACGCACGCAGUCCCUGAACGAGGCGUUCGCCUCCCUGCGCAAGAUCAUCCCCACCCUGCCCUCGGACAAACUGAGCAAAAUACAGACUCUCAAGCUCGCCGCUCGUUACAUCGAUUUCCUUUGCCAGGUGCUGCAAAGCGACGAGCUGGACUCCAAAAUGGCGAGCUGCAGUUAUGUGGCGCAUGAACGGCUGAGCUAUGCGUUUUCCGUGUGGAGGAUGGAAGGCGCAUGGUCCAUGUCAACAUCUCACUAACGCGCACAGACCUGCGGCUUCUUUGGAGAGCGAUGAUUUCUAACUGAGCAGCAGAAGGACAGCAGGAGAAAGCCUGCGCAGAGCAAGAGGACCAAAAGGAAACAGCCUGUAGAGUCAGCAGGCCCGGAUUAUAGCCAAACAGGGAAGAUUUUGGAGACAGUCUUACCGGGGUGGACCGGUGGCGUCGUCGCGAGCACUUAACGACAGUAUUACGAGGAAUUGCCUUCAAGAUCCGUGCUUGUAAAUGCGGUGAAUUUUGACCAUGAAUGUUGGAACUUUGUACUUGUGUAGGCUAUAUGCAUGCAUUCCGACAAGCCUUGCCAUCUCAUACCAAGCCACAAAGACUGCAGCAGCAGGAAGCAGGCGCUUCAUUUCGGGCUGACAGUGUGGAGCCACGAAUAUGAAUGUCAUCCUAUUUAUUUCGUCAAAGAACGAAACAUGGCUCAUAUCUGUAUAAAACUCUUUUUUUUAUUUUCAUCUGGUCUAUGAAUGAAAGGUUAUUUAUUUAUUGAUACUUAUCAUGAUGAAGAAUGGAUCCGGUGUCUACAUUCAUUUGUGUGUUUCAUGUUUGUAAAUAUGCGUUUAUUUUUCUGCAAUAAAA